AGCCUCAAAUUUAACAAAGUCAAGCCAUAUUUCGUCACGAUUGACCUCACGCUUAGGUCACAUCGAACCUUGACCAGUUGGAUUUAAUUCUCAGAACUACGAGUCGUUUGUUUAUGACUUCUAUAAAUGUCUCGUGGAUUCGGAAUAGCUUCUGGCACUUUCUAAAUGGAUGUUAAUAUUCCUAAUUAACAUAUGCAUGGGCGCCAGCAUGAGGGUUCAAGGUGGUGAACUUGCACUCCCUGGAUUCUGAGUAGCCAAAUUCUAGUCAAAUCUAUGUGGCAACUGCACAAAAAAUGUUGAGGAGACUCAGAGUGUUUUUUCCUUUUCUGGUGUUCUAUGUUCUACUUGAAGAGAAAGCUAUUGGGUUGAUACCAGAUGUAUCAAAGCUAGAUCUUGGGGACUUGCCAGGAAGACUUGAAGAUCAUCAUUCUGUCAGCUAUCUCUUGUUGCCUCAUAUUUACAGAGCUUUCUUGCACAGUGAAUCAGCUGAUUGGCUGGCGGGCAACUCAUCUGUGUCUGUAGCUUGUAGGUCUACCCUAUCCCAGUACUAUGCUGGCUUGUUGAAUAAAGAAACAUGGGCAUGGAAAAUGUAUGACUCCAUGGGGAAGCAAUCCUCUGGAGUUUUGUUUGGAGCCACAACAUGGACUGGCAACUAUGAGGAGUGUUUUAACGUCAGGUCCACCACAUGCCAAGGGGAUUGUCACAACAAGAAUCUGUCUCCGCAUUUCUGCAGCGUGCACAUGACGCAGGCUCCGUGGCUGUCCAAGUUGGUCUCCAACCUUCAACUACCAUUUCCUGUUCCAUCCAGCCCAUUUAUUGUGGAUGUGUGUGUGCCAACUAACUGUUCAAAGCAAGACAUCACUACCAUUGUAACAGAAUUUUUAAGGCUUGAGAACAGCUCUCUGGAAAACACAACUGCCUCAAUACAAGUGAAAUCAGUUCUGUGCCAUGAGAGAGGUGAUGUUCUGAUAGACACCCCUGCAAUCAUUUGUAUAUUUAUACUUUGUACCAUCUUACUGAUGGUCAUCCUGGGCACAAGUUAUGAUAUCAAUAAACGGCGCAAGAAACUGAGAGUUAAGCAUGGACCAGAGAUCACCAUUGGCUAUGAGAACAACACAGACAGUUUUGGCAUCCUGAGAAUUCUGGUUACUCCUAGGCGAAAAAGUCGACGCAGGGGGACUCUCUCCUCAUCAGAAACAUUGGAGCAUGAUAAAACAAAGAAUGCAAAUACUGACAAAACAGUUACUCUGGUCAAUAAAGUACCAGUCGAAGACAAUCACAAAUCAAUUUUGGGUACAUCACCUUUGCAUUCAGAUCUACAGGACAUCCCUGAGGACAUUGAGAUGCGUGAAACUACCGAUCUGGUUCCUCACACAAAUUUACACUCUGAAGAAUCAGUGCCAGAUGAAGAUGCCAACAGUGUAACAAGCAGUAACAUGGAGAUACCUCCAACACCGAUAGAAAGGAAAUCUGUAUCUUUGACACCUAGAAUCAACAGGCAGCAUAGUAUUAUUGAAGUUCGGCCUUCACACAGAUCUAAAAAACUGACUUCAUCAGAAAACAUUUUGACAGACUUUUUGUUGUCCUUCUCGUUUCGUAAAAAUACACGGCACAUUUUGGCAGACGGCUCAGCAGACACUCUGUUUUGUCUUAAUGGUAUCCGUGUUUUGAGUAUCGCCUGGAUUGUUUUGGGAAAUGUGUAUGGAACUAUGUUUUGGAAUCCUGAUAUUGUGGAUAACUAUUUGUCUGCUGUCAAAAUGACCCAGACCUUGUGGAUGCAGAUGGUCAUCAAUACAACACUAGCCGCUGACUCGUUCUUUGUUCUCAGUGGUACUUUAGGUGCUUAUAAUUUCUUAAAGAUAAAAACUAAGGCUGGAAAGCACAAACAAACAGAUUGGAGAAAGAUCAUGAGCCUUAAAGAGUAUUUCUUCAUGAUUGUACAUAGACUUAUACGUAUCUUUCCCUGUUAUGCAGUUCUGUUAAUGCUGGGAACCAAUUUAAUGCCUUUCAUGGGAGAUGGACCACGGUGGUCUCAUGAGAUUGAGAAUGUGAAGAUUUGCAAGAAGAACUGGUGGACCAAUGUUCUCUUCAUCAACAAUCUCUAUGACCCAGAUAAUAUGUGCCUUCCUCACACCUAUUAUCUAGCGAACGAUUUCCAGUUUUUUAUAAUGGCACCACUUGUUAUGAUUCCAUUACUUAUAAAACCUAGGCUGGGUUUUGCACUUAUUGGAAUGUUUCUGACCUUACAGAUAGUAGUUGUCAGUGUUUUGAAUGAAGGCAUUAAUGGAAAUGUUUUAAAGCUUCGUUUAAAUGAGUACUGGUCACUGAUCUAUGUAAAGCCUUACAGUAGAAUAGGUGUUUACUGUAUAGGACUUGGUCUGGGAUAUCUACUCUUCAAUUGUGACAGACAAAUGAAGUUUAGAAAGAUGUUUUUAUACUGUGGCUGGAUUGUGUCUUGUGUUAUUCUCUUCCUUCUGCCGUACAUCACGUACCUUGAGAAUAGAGAAGGAGGUCAGCAGUGGACUGGCACACAGACAGCCAUCUACGAAGCCUUCUCUCGGCCAGCAUGGGCAUUGGCUUUAUCCUGGGUUAUAUUUUGCUGCUCCACUGGGCAGGGAGCCUUUGUGGGCAAGUUUUUGUCCUGGAAUGUGUUUCUUCCUCUGUGUCGUAUCACAUAUGGUGUGUUCCUGCUUCACCCAAUCUUAAUCCAUGUAGUCAUUGAGUCUGCACAUAACAACUUCUACCUGAACCUGGGGGAGCUGGUUUACACCUACAUUGCCUUGUUUGUCUGCUCCUAUGGCCUGGCUUUCCUCCUGAUCUCAUGUGUGGAGUGUCCCUUCGUUGCCUUUGAAAGCCAUAUCCGUCUGCGGUUCAAGAAGUGGAUGUCUGAAAGAAAGCUGCACAACUUGCUGGAGUAACUCUACACAGAGGAAAAACGUUUCUUGUCAAACUUUUCUCUUCCAACUUUUGUAUGACUCUCUACAACAAAUCAGCUUUAUUUCAUGUUAUGAUCCACACUGUUUAUGCAAACCCAAGAAAUGUAAUUUUUGUAUAACUUUGUAGGUUAUCAUAAUUUCUCUAACGGUCCUUCACAAUAAACUUUCUUGUUUUUGUAUAUUAUUCGUAUAUUUAAUUUAUGUCUUUUUUUUUUAUUACGUUUCAAAUAUGUAUGUUGGUGGCAUUAAAAAAUGGCACAAUGAGUUGAAAGAAGAAUGCCAGUAAUGCUAAUCGGUGAAAGUUUAUUCCUCCUGAAGCAGUUGUACAAUUGAGAUAAUCUUACCUGUGUUAUUGCUUACUGUUUCCACUUUGACCUGUUACAUUUUUCUUGUCCACAUUUUUAACCCAAAGAUGCACUUUUUAUUCUAAACAAAACAGUUUACAUUAUAUUAGAGGCUGAGUGUUUACUGCGAAAUAUUUUGUUUCACAUUUUCAGGAUCAUUUAGUUUUCCACAUCAAUAAAUAUUAGUUUACUCUUAAAUUGUAAACUACAUGUUUUCUUGAUUUAGUUUUUGCUAUCAAUGGAAAUAGUUGACUAUAUUCUAAACUAUAGGUUUUAGUGAUUCAAUUUUUUUUAUCAAUAGAGAAUAGAGAUAUUUAGCUCUGUUCUAAUGUUGUUUUCUUAACUUAGUUUUAGAUGAAUUUAUUCUAUAUUUGUUUAGUUCAAUAUAUUCUAUACAUUUUCUUGAUUUAGUUUUUGAUAUCAUUGGAAACAAUUGCUAUAUUCUAUACUGCUUUCUUGAUUUUACUAUUGUCAUCAAUGGAAAUAGUUAAUUAUUUUGUAUUUUAAUUAUUUUUUGUCAAUGCUGUGUUCUUGAUUUAUUUUAUAAUACCAAUAGAAAUAGUGGAUUAUAUUUUUACAGCUCUUAUUUUAAUCUCAACAUUCCUACUGCUGUUUUUGUUGUUUUUUUCCCUGUGUACUAUUGUUAAUGUUAGAGCAACUUUCUUAUGUGGCUCCCCACCUGAGUUUCCCUCAGACUAACCAAGGAGAAAGAAAUGGAAUCAAAGUUUUGAUUUUUGUGUUUGUUGUUUGAUGUGAAGUUUGUGAACUGGUCUGGUCCAUUUUCGGCAUCCAUCUUGCCUGGCUUGUCUUAUCCAUUUUUUUUUUUAAAUAAAGUCAGGCCUUGACAACUGGGGAGAUGUGAUCCAGUGAUGUCUGCUGAUGUAUUUCUUUCCACCUAUCUCCAUUCCUCUUGCUUAUACAAACCUUAUGGUUUUGGUUCAUUUUAUUUUAUUUUUUUUUAAUAGUUUAAAAUGUUCUAUAUUGAUUUUGUGAUUACAUUUUAAGAUAAAAUUGUAAUUAUUUGAUAUUUAUACAUUUCACUUGAAACUACAGAGGACUAGUGAUUCAAAGUAUACCACUGUAAAAUAACUAUUUAAUAGCUAUGAAUUUUGUAAUCAAUCCUAGAAUAAAAAGCCUUGUGUACAGCCUAUUAUGGCAAGACAGUUAUUUGAGGUUUCACGUGACACUUUCUGGGAACAGAAUGGAUGAGAAUGCGUUGUGUUUUGGCUUCCUUAUCAAUGCAGACCAAACGAUGACUGUCAGGAGUGUAAACGUGGACACAAUUACACUCCACAUUCUUCAACCUUUCUAGUCAUGGGCAGUUUCACUCAAAGCUCUCCGGGACAACACAAGUGUCGAUCACUUGACUGGAGAUUUUUUUACCGCUAUUUAAGUUAAGUAUAGCUACCGGUACCCUAGGAAGGACUAUAAUUUUAGUUAUAGCUACCCUCUGAAUGAUUAUUUACAUUUAGUGAUAGCAACCAUACAAAAUACUAUUUUUAACUAACAAAGACAAGUGACAGAACUUUUUUCACUAAAUAUUUAACAAACAAGCCAUGUCUGUUUAGUUUGAUCACUAUUCUGCUGUAUAAAUAUGGAUGUAUGAACUUGUUAAUGUUUGACCAAUGCUGAUUUGAUCAUGCUUUUUGUUUUUAAAUUGCUGUUGAAAUUUUGUUUGUUGUUGUAAUUUUAAAUUCUGAUAGUAUGUUCUGUUAAAUCAAAUCAGUCCAUUGUGUUCAGCAGACAAAUCAAAAUGUUUCUAUGCAUGAAUCCAUGUAUCUGUACAAAAGGGUUUGAGUGGACCAAAAGAUUCAUUAUCUGACGAUCUAAAUAACAGUAGUCUCUUAUCUUUAGCUGUAAUAUAGUUUCAGAAGAUUAUGAUUUGUUGCAUAUAACUUAAUCCAGUGUUUCCCAAAUUUUUUCCUUAAUGGAACACUUUGCACAUUCUGUGUAUUAAGCGGAACACUUUGCUAAUUUUUUUUGUGAGAUUAAUUCACAUGGUGGCUUACUAGUUAAUUAUUCCAGUAGUUCAUGGAACAGCUACUCAGGCCUCAUGGAACACUAGGGCUCCGUGGAACACAGUUUGGGAAACUAUGAUUUAAUCUGUACAAGUCCAACCACAAACCAAUUUUCAAAGUGACCCAAAAACCCAGAACCAUUGAUUUUUGUUUAUGUACCAGUACUUCAACUUAUUUAUGACCACAUUAAUAGGAGUGAUGUUUUAAUAUGACCACCCAAUAUGAGGCCCCCAAAAUGUUCUGAGAAGAUAACAAAACACAUCACUUUAUUUUAUUGUGUUGGUAAGCUUUCCCAUAAGUCCUUGUGUCACUGCUCUAAUGUUCUGGGAUGUCAUCUUGUUUGCAAAUGUAGGGCUCCACAUUGUUGUUAACCAGUGCUGAUAUUCAGCAGGAUAAGUUUAGUCCUGUUUAUUUUUUUAUUUUGUUUGUUGCAGCUGAUAUGAAUUAAUCUCAAUACCAUCUUUCUGCUUGCUCUGCAAAUACAAUGCAUCAUUUUCAACAGUACCCUGUUAUUCAAGACUUUGUUGGUCAUGAAUUAGUUUCUGCAAAUUUCUGUGUACAUUGUGCCAGACUGCCAGUAUACAUUUUUUAUUUAUUUAUGCACCAGAAAUUCCCAAAGCAUUUUUUAAAGCCAGUAAAAAUUUUUUAAACAAUAUGUCAUUGUGUUCUAUGUCAUUGAAUUGAAAUAUUUUAUUAAAUUUUUACCACAGGAUCCUAAUGGACCUCAUUCACCAAUUCUAAACAAACACACUUGAGCCCCUCAUGCUUCCCUAUCUAUUCUAUACUUCUUAUGACCUAAUUCACAUGACCGUAUUUUUUUGUUGUGUUAUUAAUGGUCAUCACUUGACCGUUCGUUUUGGUGAAUGAGGCCCAUUGGCCAAGUUAUUAGUUAUUUAUGAUCUCACAUUUACUUAGGAACAUCAUUAUAGAGAAGGUUUGUGGCAUAAAGAGCUACAGAAGCCUUAGUUAUUAGAAAAAAGUUUGAGGCCAACUUUUCUAUGUUAAUGCAUUCGUGUAUCAAGCUUCUAGAAAUGAUCAUUCGAUUUUCUUAUUGUAACAUUGACUGUUAUAUGUUUUACUAUUUGAUGUUUUUUGCUAAAUUGUUGGGAUUUUUGUCAUCUUUCACUAUGCAACUAAUUGUUGAAUCAUAUAAACAGUUUUUGUUAAUCCAAGAAACAUAUUAUGUUCCAGUCUAGUAUAUAAUGUUAAGCUUGUGCUAAUUAUUGAACUUGAUGUUAAUGUCUCAAAACUUAGUGUGAAAAACGUUUCUUUUGAAGAAUAAUGAGCAGACUCUCUUUGUUUCUUGAAAGUAAAUCUACUGUAUUUUUGCGCAUAUACCUUGCAUACGCUAUAACCGUUUAACCUGCACACGCAUUUACCCCGCACUUAUUACAAAAUAAGUAAAAUCAUCACUAAGUUUGUUUUUUUUUUCAAAGUUAACAUCUCAAAAUCUUUUUUUUUUAAAGUUGACAUCUCUAAAUAUUUUUUUUAAUAGACGUCACAUUUUUUUCAAAGUGGAUAUCUCUAUUUUUUUUUUUUCAAGGUGGACAUCUCUAAACUUUUUUCUUGAGGUCUAGAAUGAGAUGUUCAUAAAACUUUCCAAUGGGCAUUUCACAACCACACAGCAAACUAUAUAGACCCACCAUGGUUUCCAUUACGCUAUAUUUAGGAAUAAAAUAAAUUUUGUAUACCGCACACAGCUGCCAUUCGAUUGUAAAAUUUGUAUAACUCACAGGUUAUAAAUGUGUGAAAAUGAUGUACUUAUAGCACAUAUUGUUCUAUAGUUGUAUUAUGUUUUCUAUUAUCUUUUAUUCAUCCAUUGAGCUGAAUGUUUCAAGUUUUCAUUUAACAAUAAAUUUUAGUUUCAUUUAAUUAAAUAGAAACAGCUAGCCCACUUAGGAAUGAAGAGAUGGCAGUAAUUUGUUUUGUCCAAUCAUUCCCCUGAAAUAUCAUUUUGUAUGUAAAUAAGUGUGAUUAAAAUAUUUGAAUUAUUGAUUCAUUUGCUACAUUUGUAUAUUAAAUUAAAGUAAAAUAUUGUUUCAAAUAAAAUCCUUUAUUAAAAUAAAUUAUAUUAUUUUAAUUUUAAACCAUAAAAAAAAUGUGAAUCCCUAAGGAGGAAAACAUUUGUAUUUAUCUUUUUAUCUUAUCCAAGGUCUCAAAACAUCAGAGGUUCUUGUUGUUACAUGAAUAUGCAGAACAAUGCUAAGUUCAUCUGUUUAUAUUUUUAUGCAAAUCCAUUGGGAAUAUUUACUAUCAAAGUUAAUGACUUCUGCAAUAUUUCAUGUGCGACAUGGAUGCCUGAUCAUGUCAUCUCCAGGGUUGCAAGUUUGACUCUUCCUCCAUCCUGCAGGAGGUUUGGGUUAAGAUGUAAUCAUCUUCAUUUUUGAAGGAAUGUUUGGAAUUUAAUUUGGUGACAACCUUGUACUAUGGGAAAUUUUUUACUUUUUUUAAAGAAGGAAAGUCAUUCAUUUGUAAGAUAAAGAGACGAGUUUCUUCUCAAUGUUAUUCUGAACUCAAAGAGUGCAUUGUUGUAUUGAUCUCAUUGCUUAUAGUCUAUUGAAAUGGAGACUAUAGAAACAUAGGAAAUGAAUAGAGAUUGAGAAGCUAUAUAUUUGUAACAAAUUUCCAAUGCUUUGAACCCUUCUAAUAGUUAGUGUUCUUUUAGUUCUUAUAUCUAGAAACUCGAAUAGAUCAGGUCUCAUAGUCUAGUGAAUCUAUUUUGUAAAAAUUUCUCACUUUUGCUACACAUAUAAAGAUUUUUAAAAAAGUAAGUUCCCCUUUCAGACCAAGUGAUCUAUGGGGCAGAUGAUGUAAAGGUUCUGUGGCCCAUGGUUAAUGAAGGUGUCAUGUGACCAGCACAAUGUCCAACCACCUUUACUUUUCCCGAACUAAUAUGUUAGGUACCCAUUAGAGCUGGAUGGACUCUGAGGUAACCUAAAGAUCCUGAAAGUAAAAAAUCCCAGUAAUCACCAGGACUUGAAUCAAGGCCCACAGUUCAGAAGCCAAUUGCUUUUUUACAAAUCAGCCACUGCAUCUCCUACAUAUAAAGAUAAAACAGAUGAAUGAAAGUAAUAUAUAAGUAUUGCUUCAGUUAUAUAUAGAUAUAUAUAUUUUUUUUU